UAAAGAGGGUGGUGUAGGCUUCCACAUUAAGCAUUGCUUCCUUUCUUUCUCCAUUUACACCACCACCACCACCAUCUCCAAGACUUCACCACCACUAGCACCACCAUGGCGGAGAAGACAGUCAUGUCCUCAGGGCUGGGCCACCUUUUCAUGACGGUGUUUGUAUUCAAUUUUGCGAAUUACAUGGUGGUUCCGGCCAUAACUGACGUCAGCAUGGCUGCACUUUGUCCCGGAGAAGAUGAGUGCUCAUUGGCGAUUUACCUCUCCGGUGUUCAACUAGCGAUUACAGGGAUGGGAAGCCUAGUCAUGAUGCCAUUGAUUGGAAACCUCUCGGACCAUUAUGGAAGGAAAGUCAUGCUCACUCUUCCAAUGCUACUCUCCACUUUACCUUUGGUAAUUUUGGCAUACAGCAGAGAUAGGAAUUUCUUCUACGCAUACUAUGCGCUCAAGACCCUCACUUCCAUGAUUUGUGAAGGAGGUGUCCUUUGUCUGGCAAAUGCUUAUCUGGCUGAUAACGUGGCACUGUCACGGCGGGCGACGGCGUUCGGAAUCCUCUCCGGCAUAUCAUCAUGUUCGUUCGUUUUCGGCAAUCUCUCCACUCGUUUCCUCCCCUCCGCAGCCUCCGUUUUCCAAGUAUCUGCGGCGGUGGCAAUGGCUUCUGUAGUUUACAUGAGAAUUUUUCUUCCAGAAUCUAGUAUGGAAGCGGCGGUGAUCGCCGUUUCAUUGAAAGAAGAGACGGUGAAUGAUUGUCUUCUCGAAAAAGGAUGUACGAACAACCGCCCCCCUUCCCGUACAACUCCUUCUUUGCACGAUUCAAUUGCGUUGUUGAGGAGUAGCUGGACAUUUUCACAAGCAGCAAUCGUGGCAUUUUUCAGUAGCCUUGGUGAAUUAGGCCUUUAUUCUGCACUAUUGUUCUAUUUGAAGGCCGAAUUCCAUUGGGAUAAAGACCAGUUUGCUGACUUGUUGAUCAUCAAUGGUAUCGCAGGGAUCAUAUCUCAAAUGGUUCUUAUGCCCCUGUUAGCUAGAGUAAUCAGUGAAGAAAAAAUUCUUUCAAUUGGACUCAUCUUUAACUGUGUACAUAUUUUCCUUUACAGUGUAGCUUGGUCUUCAUGGGUUGUUUAUGUGGCAGCCAUGUUUCAGAUUUUAGCUGUUUUUGCAGGACCAAGUUUGAGAAGCAUUGUGUCCAAACAAGUAGGUCCCACUGAGCAGGGAAAGGCACAAGGGUGCAUUACAGGUCUAUGUUCUUUUGCCAGUAUUGUUUCACCACUAAUUUUCAGCCCUCUAACAGCUUUAUUCUUAUCUGACAAUGCUCCAUUUGAGUUUCCUGGUUUUAGUCUUGUGUGUGCUGCAUUUGCUGUGAUGAUUGCGUUCAUACAGAGUGUCAUGAUCAGGGCCCCACCCCCACCUGUUCCAGAUUCAAAACUUGACGACUCUGCCUCAGUGGAGGCUUAAACUAUUCUAAUCGUGGUAUUUUGUUUGUUGGCUUGGUAUGGUGGUGUAUUUACUGUUAUACCCUUUUCUGGCUAAGUACAUAGUAAGGGCAAUUACGGAAAUGUUGGUUUUUCACAACGUGAAGUUAGCUACAAGGUAAUGGACAAAAGUUCCAUUUUUAGGGGUAGUGUGUAUGAAUAUGAUGUCUAAGUUGGUAUUUUAGAAGUAUUUAUUUGUAGUAAGAU